AUGGAUUCUUCGUCCUGGCAGGGUUUCACAACCAUCGUAGUUGUGCUGCUCGGCAGUCUGGUGUUCCAUCGCCUAUUUCUACAUCCUCUUGCCAAAUAUCCUGGCCCAAAGCUGGCAGCCAUUACCCGGUGGUACGAAUGCUACUACGAUGUCAUCCAAAAUGGCCAGAACACAUUCAAGAUCAAGGAACUCCAUGAAGAAUACGGCCCAAUCAUACGAAUCAGCCCUCAUGAGCUCCACCUGAACGAUCCAUACUUCUACAGCACUCUCUAUCGGCAAGAGGGACGCUGGAAUCGGUAUGCCUUCGCGUGGGAUGCCUGGGGAGCUAAAGGUCCCACAAUCCACACGGUAGACCACGACCGGCAGAGGGCCCGGCGCCAGCCCAUCGCCUCGUACUUUGCCAAAACGAAGGUGUCUUCCCGACAGGCUAUGGUCCAAAGGCACGUGGACAAGCUCUGUGACCGCUUGACCAAAUCUGCAGGGUCCGAUGAAAUCGUCGAUCUCGGGGCUGCCGUAACGGCGCUGGCUCGAGAUGUUGCCUUCGACUUCAUUCUUGCGAAAAGCACCAAUAGCCUAGAUCAAAAAGACUUUGAUGUCGACAUUCUCCAAGUUGUGCAGGGAGGGGGCGCGUUAUGGCGGCUCAGCAAGCACGUUCGUUUUGUGCUGCCGUUGUUGAACUCCAUUCCGCUCGAUUGGGCCAUAAAGAUAUCGGACGAUAAAAUGAAGGACUUUUUCCGCCAUUUGAACAGGACCAUGGCAUAUACAGAACGUCUCAUGGCUGGUUCAGCAUCGACAUCGCUAGAGGCAAGGGGCCAACAGACGAUAAUCCACGAGAUCCUCGAUUCGCAACUAAACCCUCACGACAAAUCUUUGCAGCGGGUCUUCGAGGAUGUGACCUCUGUGAGCGGUGCCGGAUUCGAGACGACGGGCAGCGUACUGCGCUUGCUCUCCUUCCACGUCUUUGACCGUCCCGAAAUCAUCCAGAGACUGUUCGGCGAGCUCGAUUCAGCCGGUUUGUCUCGUUCCAACGUCAUCGAGCUAAAACCCUUGGAGCAGCUUCCUUUCCUGACAUCGACUAUCAAAGAGGGAUUGCGUCUGAGUCCUGGCGUUGCUACUCGCAUGGCACGCAUCGCUCCAGAUCGAGAUCUUUUCUAUAAAGACUGGAGAAUACCCGCUGGAACUCCUAUAGGAAUGACAAGAGUCUUGAUGCAUACAGAUGAGAACAUAUAUCCGAACCCCCAAUUCUUUGAACCCGAGAGAUGGAUGGAGGGGAGCGGCAUUCGUAAAAACGCUGAACAUGCGUAUGCGCCGUUUUCAAAGGGGACAAGGAUGUGUGUUGGGAUGCACCUCGCAUGGGCCGAACUGUACCUCGCCCUUGCUGCUCUUGUACAGCUUUCUACUUUUGAAUUCAUCGGGGCGAAGGCUGAGGAUUUUGAAUGCAACAGUGAUCAGUUUGUAAUUGGGACAAAGGGCAAGGGAGUCCUGAAAGCCCAUGUGCGGUUGCGUGGAAAAUAA